AGCAAACAAGCCCCGUGUGUCUCCUGACAUCAAAUCAAGUCCUGCAUGUGAGGCAUUUAAUCUGCAAGCUUCUUCAAAGCAGGCACUAUCUGGUGUGUACAUCGCCGAGGACCUCAUUGGCAUGGGCAGCCUUACGGUUGUCGGCAUGUGUGGUCUAACACACUUCUUAGUAUUCGCAGCUCCAGUGGCAUCAGAAAGGUCUCUAGAUACGACACUUUCUUCAACGGAACUCGCCACCAGAGUCGAGGAAAGCGCUGCCAACUACCCGCACAAGAAGCCCAGCUACGCCCAACAGGCUUCCAAGGUGUCAAAGCCAACAUCUGCAGGACCAGCUCUAUUGUGCGCCCUGCUGGCUCCAGGGCGGCUGCCCAGUGGAUCCACCGACCAGAGCUGGGUGUCAUGGAGAAAGCUUCCAGAGCCCAAUAUCUGCGACUACAUCAUCCUCGACAUUGAAGCCAACCCGGACGGGUCAUACAACGAGUCCGAGUACAGCUUCUUGCUCAACUAUAAUACCACUGCGAGAUUCUUGUUCACUUUUGGUUCGGAAUCGUUCCUGGAAGCCAAGGCUGCGUUCCGAAGGACGUCCUUUCGCAAGAGCGCCACUCAGCUUUACAAGACUCCAGGCGUACGCGGCUUCGGUCUCCUAGACGGCGAUACCGGCACCAACGGCUGGGCUCUGACCGACGCUGCCAUCAGACGCGCGGUUCAACUAUUCUCGCAACUCACCCGAGGCCUCGUCGCUGCCGGAUACAAAAAGUCCGUGAUCAGCAAUUUCCUGGGCCUGCGGCCUGUCGGCUUGCGCGGCCACCUCAAGAGCUUCAGCAGUCUCCUAGCGGCACUCGAUGGGGUUGUUGACUUCCUCAUCCUGCUGUCGAUAUCGGCUCCACGGCCUACAUGCUUCGUGGAAGGGUUGUCUGCCUGGAAUCACCGGGACUGCUUCAUGAACGACGACGUGCAGCCUACCUUCGAAUUGUGCUUGGAGCUCAUUUUCAGCGUGGACACGACGGUGUCGCGGUUUGUCCUGACGCUGAGCCUCAGAAUUGACGCCUUCGUAGAUGUGGACGAGUCCUCUGGUGCUGGUCGGUCGUUCUUCAAAAACAAGGCCGCCGGCAAGCAAUGUUACGCGCGCGUUCACCGAUUUGUUCGGCGUGGGGUGUGCCCUCCUGUGGAGAAAGACGAAGGCAACGUCAUGUCCACCGGUUCACCUGGACUCUGCAACUUUGAUGCAAGCCGUUCGCAGAACGAAUGGCUAGUGUAUACCUUUGAGACCCGGGCCAGCAUUGAGAAGACGAUGGUGACAGUGCACGAAAGGUUGGCAGCGAAGAACGUCAGUACACUCAGCUGGCUCAUCUACAACGUCACUUCAUACGUGGCCGACGACUCCUGCCCCGCCGGCACAUCUCGUAUGCACAGAGCCUGGGAGGUUGCCAAACGGUUUCGCCAGUGACGUCCACAAAUAAUCCGACCAAACAUUCCCUGCAACUUAACUAUGAUACACCGCGCCCAACAGUUGAAUGCAUGCGCAUUUUUCUAACUUUUCUCGCAUUGCGCCUUUACGUUCGUAGACUUGUGCCUCGCGUUAGCUGGAACUUGUUCCAAUGGAAUAUGUCCGACCACCGCUGAUGUUAUAUGCCAACUGCGGGAACCUCCGGGCGUAUAUAUUAGGGUAUGCCAUGAAUCUGCAAGGUUCCGUAUUUAUUAUUCUAGGAAUUAAUUUUAAAACUACAAAUGAAAGUUAGUUCCACCAUCGGGCCAUGUGUAUAUUACGUACAUACUCUUUACGAAGCAGAUGCCUUUUUUUCAUUGUUGCCUUUGUUUUCCUGCACUUGGAUGCCGUGUUUGCAUUUAGUUGCCUUAGCAUUAUCUACGCAGAAAAGAAAGAUGAACGGACAUUGCUUCCGAGCGUAAAUGAGUGUGUUUUUGUCAUUGUCCUUUCACAACAAAUCUGUCAUUGUUGCACCGUAUUAAGUCCUAGGAUGAUUGCGUUCGUAUCUG